CUUUGAUAGCGGCUUUCGUUAUUGAAACUGAGUCCAAGACCUACACUGCUCGGCUUUUGCUGUUCGUCUUUCAGAUCUUGAUUUGUGGUAGAGUGAAUCUCCGCUAUAGGAUCGCUGCUGCUGCUGCUUAGCAUCUCUGAGGUAUGCAAAUCGUCGGGCAUCAGUAGAGGGGAAUGCGAUGAGCGCAAUCCUGCGUGCGUAUCAAACAAGAUCUCGACCUCUUCACCAUAAGUGGCCAUGGCAAAGGUGCGCUUCUGCAGCUGGGUUCCAGAACAGGCUGACUUCGUGACUGGUACAAAGGGCCUCGCCACUUUUGGCAGCCCACUGUGUUCAUGACCUUACCAGACGAUAUAAUCCACCUCAUACUGCAAUACCUUUCCAUUACUGACAUCUCCAGCAAUUCUGCAUUAACUUGUCGUCAAUGGAAUUCAGUUUCUCGAGAAGUGAUCAACAAAAGGCUCAAUCGCUUGUGCUCAGCACCAUGGCUCAACUUUCAGCUUGACUAUAAAGAAUGCAGGAAAACGUAUAUUAAAUUAGGGAAACGUGUAUUUGACGUCCAACACAGCGCUUUCAUCUCCAAUCUCAUAGCGUUGCCUGAUGAAACGAAAUCGAAUCAUCAUGUAUCUCAGCAGCCCAUUUUUCAGCUAAACGCUGACUGCACUUCUAAUUUCGAUAUGGAAGUUGUUCUAUCAUUUACAACAAGUUGCAUGGAACCGUUUUAUGUGGACUGGGCUACGGUGUACAACACGACAGACGUACAUUCCAACAAUGGGUUUUUCGAUAUGAAGAUUGAAUUUGUUAAUGAGCAGGACAUUGAUAUGAACAGCAUGAAGCUAUUCCGGUGGCGCGAAAAGAAAACGGUUUUUCAAACGGUUACUGGACCCCCUCCUGAUGGAAGAUACUUCAUGGUGACCGCUAUAGUCGUAUGUGCAAAGAAAGUGGCUGCCAUGCUGGAAGAAUAUCUCAAUAUCGACAUCGACAAGUCAUGUCUAUUUCCGACAUUGGAUAGCCUACUGGAUGACCCAGAGUAGCACUUGCCAUGUCACAUACAUGUACAGUAUCGAACUUUUGUAAAUUAUAGCGCCAUGUAUAGGAGGGCAUUGCAUGACCCAUUCAUAUAGCAUUUUGUUUCAUAGUA